AUGUCUGCUCCAGUGCCAAUCAAGUAUAGCAUUGAACUGCCUAAUACACGCAAGCCAGGACAAACUGGAAUUUAUCGCAAUGUCGACAGUCCUGAUACUAUUGUUAAGACUUUCAGACCGGGCGUGACAACACUUUACGAUAUUUUUCUACACGGUCUCAGCAUAUCAAGAGACAAACCAUGUAUCGGUCAUCGUCAGUUCAAUAAAAUAACUGGCAAGUAUGGCGAGUAUGUCUGGCAGACCUACGAUGAAGUUGCAAAUCGUGCCAAUAACCUAGCGGCUGGGUUAGUGUAUUUGAAUGAAAACGAGGUGAAGAAUUCUAAAGUAGGUCAAUGGACUGUUGGGAUUUAUUCUAACAACCGCCCAGAAUGGUUUAUUACUGACAAGGCUUGCGCAAUGCAAAACUUGAUUACCGUCCCUCUGUACGACACUCUUGGUCCAGAAACUGUUGGGUACAUCUUCAACCAUGCCGACAUUGCAAUCGUUGUUGCUGCCGAAAAUCGCAUCCAGAAUAUUCUUCGCGUAUCCCAUAAAUCACCUGGUCUCAAGGUCAUAAUCUCCAUGGACCCUUUAUCCGAACCUUCUGUCACGAAUUCUGAUGUCUCUGCAGGAAAAGUACUGAAAGAAUGGGCAGCCGAAAAGGGAAUUCUUUUGGUGGAUUUUGCGGAAGUCGAAGGACUAGGGAAGAAACAUCCAAGGGAACAUCUUAAGCCAUCUCCAAAUGAUCUUGCUUGUAUUUGCUACACGUCCGGAACUACGGGAGUGCCAAAAGGCGCUUUGUUAAGCCAUGAAAACAUGACUGCUGCCUGCGCGGGAGCCUUAGGAACGUGGCCUGCACGCCAAGAUGAUAUUCUUAUCUCAUAUCUACCGUUUGCUCACGUGUUUGGUCGAGUAGCAGAAAUAUGUGUUACUACUGCUGGAGCUAGCAUAGGCUAUUUCCACGGUGACAUUCUAGCGCUGGUUGAUGACAUAGCUUGCCUCCGGCCAACACUUUUUCCUUCGGUGCCGCGUUUGCUCACACGCAUAUAUGGCAAACUACAACAAGCGACGGUGGAAGCUCCCGGUUUGAAAGGCGCGUUGGCGAGAAAGGCUAUUGAAGUAAAAUUUCAGCGAUUAGCAGAAGGACAGGGAUAUACCCAUGCGUUUUGGGAUACAUUGAUAUUUAGGAAGGUUAGACAGCUUUUAGGAGGAAGAGUGAGAUGCAUUAUAACAGGUUCAGCACCGAUUGCUUCAGAUGUGUUGCAGUUUUUGAGAAUUGCUUUUGUCUGCGAUAUUGCUGAAGGAUAUGGCCAAACGGAAGGAGUAGCUGCUGCGACAUUGACUAGACAAGGCGAAAAUAAGGCAGGGCAUGUUGGCGGACCAUGUGUUUGUGUUGAGCUUAAGCUUGUAGAUGUUCCCGAAAUGAAUUACUUGUCUAUUGAUAAACCUUUUCCACGAGGAGAAUUGUGUCUUCGUGGUCCGAAUGUGUGUCUUGGAUACCAUAAGGAUCCCGAAAAUACAAAGGCAACGAUUGAUUCUGAAGGAUGGCUGUAUACGGGCGAUAUUGCAUAUGUUGAUGAACGAGGUGCUUUUACUAUUAUCGAUCGCAAAAAGAAUAUAUUCAAAUUGUCACAAGGUGAAUACAUUGCUCCCGAGAAGCUUGAGAAUGUUUAUGUUAACUCUCCUCUUGUACUUCAAAUAUUUGUCCAUGGUGACUCGCUUCGUAACUAUCUUGUUGCAAUCGUUGUUCCUGACCCUGAGAUGUUUAUCCCAUGGGUCAAUAAGAUAACAAACAGGGAUGUACAACUUGGGGACGAACAAGAGUUGCAAAAAUUGAUGGACGAUCCGAUAGUGAAGAGGGAAUUUUUGAAGGAAUUGGAUCAAGUUGGAAAAGCAGCCCAAUUGAGAGGAUUCGAGUUUGUGAAAGUCAUCCACCUUACUCACGUGCCAUUUUCGGUUGAGAAUGAAUUAUUGACUCCGACUCUUAAAUUGAAGCGACACCAAGCUUCGCAGUUCUAUAGAAAGGAAAUAGAUCGCUUAUAUAAUGAAUUUGAUGAAUCGCAGAGACUCAAGGCCAAACUAUAA